AGAAGCAAGAAUAAACCAGUUUUCCAACGUCUGCGUUGUUCCUGUGUUUAGGUGGCUGUCAAUGCACACAUCCCUCCGGAUUAUCUUCUUAGGAUCUGUGAGAGGCUUGGACCCCUCUUAGACAAGGAAAUCCCCCAGAGUGUUUUAGGGGUGCAGACUUUGCUGGGUGUCGGGCGCCAGUCUCUCCUGAGAGCAGCAAAAGACUUCAGACACACGCUAUGGAAAGGCUCUGCCUUUGCAGCUCUACACAGGGGCCGACCCCCAGAACUCCCCGUGAACUACGGGAAGCCACCAAACGUGGUUCACAUCCUGUCUGCCAGGCAAUUAACUGGAUGUGGCCGUUUCAGCCACUUGUUCCCAACAUCCACCUACCAACACAUGAAGAUGCAUAAGAGGAUUUUGGGGCACCUCUCAUCUGUUUAUUGUAUCGCCUUUGACCGCAGUGGGAGGAGAAUUUUUACAGGCUCAGAUGACUGUCUGGUAAAGAUCUGGGCGACGGAUGACGGGCGCCUGCUGUCCACCCUGCGGGGGCACUCGGCCGAGAUCUCGGACAUGGCCGUGAACUACGAGAACACGCUACUGGCCGCGGGCAGCUGUGACAAGGUGGUGCGGGUGUGGUGCCUCCGCACCUGCGCCCCCCUCGCCGUCCUGCAGGGCCACUCGGCCUCCAUCACUUCCAUACAGUUCUCUCCAGCAAGGAAAGGAACAACACGAUACCUCACCUCCACUGGUGCCGACGGAACAAUCUGUUUCUGGCAGUGGCAUGCGAACACCAUGAAAUUUAAGGAUCGUCCUGUAAAAUUUGCAGAGAGGUCCAGGCCUGGUGUUCAGAUCUCCUGUUCAUCCUUCAGUUCUGGUGGCAUGUUCAUUGCAACAGGUAGCACUGACCACGUGAUAAGAAUUUAUUAUUUGGGCUCAGAAUCUCCAGAGAAAAUGGCUGAGCUGGAAUCUCACACGGACAAGGUGGUUGCAGUCCAGUUCUGUAACAAUGGGGACAGCUUAAGGUUUGUCAGUGGAAGCAGAGAUGGAACAGCAAGAAUCUGGCACUACCAUCAGCAUGAUUGGAAGAGUGUGGUCCUGGAUAUGGCUACUAAAAUGACAGGAAACAAUGUGGCAUCUGGGGAGGACAAGGUGACUAAGCUGAAGGUCACCAUGGUGGCCUGGGAUCGAUACGAUGCCACUGUCAUCACUGCAGUCAACAACUUCCUUCUCAAAGUGUGGAACUCAUCCACAGGGCAGCUUCUCCAUAGCUUAUCUGGUCAUGAUGAUGAAGUGUUUGUUCUGGAGGCUCAUCCCUUUGACCAAAGGAUUGUGCUUUCGGCGGGUCACGAUGGGAAUAUUUUUGUUUGGGAUAUAGACAAAGGAACAAAAAUUCGCAAUUACUUCAACAUGAUUGAGGGCCAAGGCCACGGAGCUGUUUUUGAUUGCAAGUUCUCACCAGAUGGGCAGCAUUUUGCCUGCACAGACUCUCAUGGACAUCUGCUACUAUUUGGUUUUGGAUGCAAUAAAUAUUAUGAAAAGAUUCCAGAUCAGAUGUUCUUCCAUACGGAUUACAGGCCUCUGAUCCGUGAUGCCAAUAACUACGUGUUGGAUGAACAGACCCAACAGGCUCCACAUCUGAUGCCUCCCCCAUUCCUGGUGGAUGUUGAUGGAAAUCCUCAUCCCACGAGAUUCCAGCGCCUGGUCCCAGGGAGGGAGAAUUGCAAGGAUGAGCAGCUCAUUCCUCAGCUGGGAUAUGUAGCUAAUGGUGAUGGUGAAGUAGUUGAACAAGUCAUUGGGCAGCAAACAAAUGACCAGGAUGAGAGCAUCCUCGAUGGAAUGAUCAGGGAGCUCCAGAGGGAACAAGAUCUGAGACUAAUUAAUGAAGGAGAAACUCCUCCAAACCCUCCACUCAACAGAUCCCUCUCUGUCAAUGGAGCCCUUCGCAGCCCGGCUCUGGACGUGGCCUCCCCCCCGAACGUGGGGCUCCGCCGGAGCGGGCAGAUCGAGGGCGUGCGGCAGAUGCACCACAACGCGCCCCGCAGCCAGAUGGCCACCGAGAGGGACCUCAUGGCCUGGAGCAGGAGGGUGGUGGUCAAUGAGCUCCCUCCAGGCGUCAGCAAGGUCCAGGAAGAAUGUCGAGCUGCCAAAGGUGAAAUAGAAAUUAGUUUAUACACUGUUGAAAAGAAGAGAAAGCCAUCCCACACCUUACAACGGAGCGAAUUCCAGGCGGGCAGCGGCAGGUCCCUGCGCAGGAACCAGCGGCGGCGGCAGCACGCCUACCAGACCCGCUCCACCAUCGAGCACAGCCCGCAGGGAGCCACCCACCACCCCUGUGCCCGCCAGCAAUCCGACAGCUCCUCCGAGGAAGAUGAGACUGUUGGCACAAGCGAUGCCUCCAUGGAUGAUCCCGUGGCAGCCUGGCAAAGUGAAAGCAGUUCCAGUGAUUCAUCAAGUGAAUAUUCGGACUGGACAGCAGAUGCUGGAAUUAAUCUCCAGCCUCCAAAGAGACAAACCAGGCAGGCAGCUCGGAAAAUCUGUAGUAGUUCUGAAGAUGAAAAUAUGAAGGGAACAAAAGGACUGGAGCCAAAGCGAAGGAAACUUAAACAGCCUAGAAAAAAGAAGCCCAGUGGCCUGCUGUCCCUGGAAGGGGAGCCCAGUGAGGAAUGGCUUGCUCCUCAGUGGAUCCUGGACACCAUUCCCCGGCGCUCCCCGUUUGUCCCACAGAUGGGAGAUGAGAUCAUAUACUUUAGGCAAGGCCAUGAAGCUUAUGUGAGGGCAGUAAGGAAAGCCAAAAUUUACAGUAUUAACAUGCAAAAACAACCGUGGAACAAAAUGGAACUCAGGGAACAAGAAUUUGUGAAGACUGUAGGGAUUAAAUACGAAGUUGGGCCUCCCACACUCUGCUGCUUGAAGCUUGCAUUCCUGGAUCCAAUCACAGGCAAAAUGACAGGAGAAUCCUUUUCCAUAAAGUACCAUGAUAUGCCAGAUGUCAUUGACUUCCUCGUGCUGCAUCAGUUUUAUAACGAAGCCAAAGAAAGGAACUGGCAAAUAGGGGAUAGAUUUCGCAGUAUAAUAGAUGAUGCUUGGUGGUUUGGAACUGUGGAGAGUCAGCAGCCUUUCCAGGCAGAGUAUCCUGACAGUUCCUUCCAGUGCUACAGUGUCCACUGGGACAAUAAUGAAAGAGAGAGGAUGAGUCCCUGGGACAUGGAACCAAUCCCAGAAGGAACUGCCUAUCCAGAGGAGGUUGGUGCUGGAGUUCCUGUGACUCCAGAGGAGCUGACAGCUCUUCUCUACAAACCCCAGGAAGGAGAAUGGGGGGCCCAUUCCAGAGAUGAAGAAUGCGAACGAGUGAUCCGUGGCAUUGAGCAGCUUCUUUCCCUUGACAUUUCCAAUCCCUUUGCAGUCCCAGUGGACCUUAGUGCCUAUCCCAUGUAUUGCACUGUCGUUGCUUAUCCAACUGACCUCACCACGAUCAGGAGGAGACUUGAAAACAGGUUUUAUAGGAGAAUCUCUGCACUGAUGUGGGAGGUCAGAUACAUUGAACACAAUGCCAGGACCUUCAACGAGCCAGACAGUCCCAUAGUCAAAGCAGCCAAAAUCGUGACGGACGUGUUACUGCACUUCAUUGGAGAUCAGAGCUGCACUGAUAUCUUAGAGAUCUAUAACAAGGUGAAAGCAGAAGACCUGAGCAGCACUGAUGAAGAAGAGGAGGUGGCAGAAGUAGAUGUGGAUUCAGACGCUCCAGGAACUUCCUCUGGGAAAAGAAGAGUAAGACGACGAGUGAAAAGGCAGCCCAUGAAAGCCAGUCCUGAUGCCUGGAAGGAGCAGUGCCAGCAGCUGCUAAACCUGAUUUAUGAACGGGAGGACUCGGAGCCUUUUAGGCAGCCUGUUGAUCUCUUCUCUUAUCCUGAUUAUCGAGACAUUGUAGACACUCCCAUGGACUUCAGCACUGUGAAAGAAACCUUGGAAGCAGGAAACUACACCAGUCCCUUGGAAUUCUACAAAGACAUUCGUUUGAUAUUCUGCAACUCUAAGGCUUACACUCCUAAUAAAAAGUCUCGUAUUUACAGCAUGACCCUUCGACUCUCUGCCUUGUUUGAGAAUCACAUGAAGAACAUCAUCUCUGAGUACAAGGCAGCAAUGCAGUGUCAGAAGAGGAGGAGGCCGCGGUACCGAAAACGGCUGAGGAGCAGCAGCAGCUCCCCCUCAACCAGCAGAGCAUCCAGCCCCAAAGGGAAGCAGAAACAAAUGAAGAUUCAACCUAAACCCAACCAGAAUACCUCACUGCCCCUGACCAGGACAAGCUCUUCAGUCUCAUCUCAUGUUUCAGAUACAGCAGAAGAACCUCUGGGUUCAGCCACUGGUGAAGAGCUGGAGGGUCAACCAUCUUCCUCAGGCUCCAAUGCACAGAACCGAAGUGGAAAUGCCAUAGAUCCAGGGAAAAGCAGGCCAGUCAGGAGUAAAUCCACACCAGUGAAACAAGAUCACUCUCCUGAUGGACCCCUCACCAAUGGAGAUGGCAGAGAGCCUCGGGCAGGAGUCAAGAGGAAGUUACUGAGCGCGUCGGAGGAGGACGAGCACCUGGAGGAGGCAGAGGAGGAGGAAAAGAAGAGAGAAUUAAAGGAAAAGUCUGGUUUGUCUUCAUCAGAAAGUGGGGAAUCGGGAUCCAGCUCCAGCUCUGAAAGCAGAAGUGGCUCUGAUUCUGACUCGGAAUCAACCUCCAGGACAGAUCAGGAUUACAUUGACGGAGACCAUGACUACAGCAAAGUGGUGCAAUCCAAAAAGCCCAAACGGAAAAUCAAACGGAAACUCAGCGCCGGGAAGAGGAAUUGGCAGGGCAGGGGCACAGGGAGGAGGGGGAGAUGGGGCAGGUGGGGGAGAUGGAGCAGAGGGGGCAGAGGGGGGAGAGGUGGAAGAGGCUGCGGCAGAGGCAGAGGCGGCGGCAGGGGAGGAAGGAGAGGCCGCGGAGGCCGAGGGGCCUCGCGAGGAGCCACGAGAGCGAAACGCGCCCGAAUCGCCGACGAUGAGUUUGAGAACCUGUUUGGGGGCCAGUUUGGAGAGAACGUGUUUGGGGGGAGGUUCAGCCGCCCCCCUCGGAUCAAAACCAGGAACGAGGGCAGGAGGACUGUCCUGUACAACGAUGACUCCGACAACGACACCUUCGUGCACACCGAGGAUCCGUUGAACCUUGGUACUUCCAGGUCAGGCAGGGUGCGCAAAAUGACAGAAAAAGCCAGGGUCAGCCAUCUCAUGGGAUGGAAUUAUUGACAGGUGGAAAACUUUGGAACAAUUUUAAAAGAACUUCAAUGGCCUUCUACUGCAGGGAUUUUACCAGAAAUUCUACCAAGCAAGUUGUGCGGGGACUCCACUCACGUUUUCACAGUGGUGCUUUUCCAUCCUGUCAGUUUGUGUUUGUUUUAAAGCUUCAGCUCUCCACACUUCAUUGGUCAAAACAAGCCUUAGUCAUUAGGCCUUAAAUUACAGAAAUUCUUCCCCACACACUACGAGUUCAUCACAUUAAAGAGGCUUCCAGCUUCUCAGUAAGAACAUGACAUUUUUGAGUCACGCUUAUGAAUUCUCUCCCUCGUUUUGUUUUUGUAUUAUAGAAAUAGCACCUUCUUACAGAGUUUUUAUGUGGUUUCUGCCAUAAAUCCUUAGACACAGUAAUAAUUAUAACUUUUGCACAAUACACCAAUCCUAAAGGCAGCUAUAAAAUGUUUACAGUUUCUAUAUUGUAAGAAGGAUCUGGAUUAUUUUAAUCUUCCCAGGCCAAACGUUGAUGGAAUUGUGCUGAACUGAAGUAUGUCUAUACUACAGUUUUGGGGGUCCUGAUGUGCUUUCUAUCGGUUCUUUAUUCGUGUAAAAAAGUGACAAAAGGGUUGGUGCCUUGUAAAUAUGUAGCAAACCUUUGAUGUGGUGUGUCCUAUGUGUGCAUUAACUUUAUUAAAAAGAGAAUACUUGAGAAGUAUGAAUAUCUAGACAAAAGGUGCCAAAUGCAAAAGUUACUUGCAUCUAUUUUCUUUUUUCCUCUCAUAUUUUUAUAGUAUUAAUUGAGAUUGUGCAGCUAAAGGGGUGACUUCAACAUUUGAAAGGUUCCUCCUCUUCAAAGCAUAAAGUGAUUUUUAAUAGUAGCUCAGCUACCUCUUAUUUACAACUACUGGAAACUGAAAAGAAAAUAGAUGCUGUUAUUCAGUGCGUGUUGAAGAGGCGAGAAGGAGCUUGAGGGGUGGAAGUUGUAGAGUAACUGUAUCUUCAUUCUGUUGUCACCAUGAAAACCAAUUCAGUGGUUACCAGAGUUCUCAGAAGCAGCACGUUCUGUGCAGGUGGGGAUUUGUUUGUGCAGAGGGGCUGAGCUGCUCCCACCCCUUCCUGCUGCCCCUUGAUCUGUGAAAAUGUGGGUUUGGAUGAGGGGGCUGGGGGAGCCCCGCUCCCUCUGGCGAUGCUGGUACAGAACCCUCCAGACUGACUCUUGUAUCUCAAGCUUCCAGAAGAGUAUUCCUGUUGCACUGUACUCUUGUUAUCCUGGGAAAUGCUGACUUGAAACCCUUUGGGCAGUGGUAGUGCAGUUUGUGAGGAGAUUGGUGCUCUGGCUCCUCUGGGAGCAGAACCUGGCGCUUGGCGUGGGCUGAGCUGGAGCUGAGCAGCCUCUUCCUUCCUUCCUGGGCUCUGGCUGGAAUAUAUAUGGGACUUCAAUUUUCUCCCGUUGUCCAAACAGAUCUGACAGCUCCGAGAGUGAGUCAGGUCACAGAGAGAAAAAAGAGACUACAAAGUUCCGCUGGAGUUUUUCAAGGUUUUUAGGUUUUUUUUAAACUUUCAUCCAAUAUCGUGAAGUUCUUCUGUGCACAGCUUGGUCAAUAAUUCUGGAAAACCUCAGGCAGCAAAGAGUGACCCAUGUAUAUUCUCAGAUGCAGAAGGAAUUUAAUUUUUGACUUUCUAUAUUCAGCACUAGCUAUUUUAUCUCACUUUCCAAAAAAACCAACUCUAGUUAGAUGCAAAAAUGACUUGAAAAAAAAAAAAAGCAGAGGUUUAGUUUUGUGAUGAAGGAGAGUAUAUCCUAAACUGCUCAUUAAUAUGAAUUUAUGGUACAGUACAAAAAUCACACUUUUAAUUUUUUAAGGAAUGGUUGGAAUCAGCCGUAAUCCACUGCUGGACUCAAUUCUGGUUUUGGGGGCGGGGGGGGGGAAACAAGUGCAAAGGCUCUCCUAGAUCUGUGUUGGGCUUUAAAGUAUAAACACCUGUCCUAUCAUCUUUCUCAUAUAUCUGUAUAUAUAUACACGCAUUUAUAUUUAUAAGAAAUGUAUUAUUUGUUUGACUGAUUGGUCUUUUUACAUAUGGUAACCAGGAAUAGCAUGUAUGCAUCAGUCCAUAGUCAAAAUCAUAUCCUUAGAUGAGUCCUGUGAGCUAAUGUAAACACUAGGGGUUCUGUCCUAAAGCCUGAAAAGCUUGAAAUGCAAAACAAAUGCUUUUUUUCCCUCUCUUUCUGACUGGCCGAAAAUCCACUUACUCCUUAUUUAUUUUGUGUAGGGGCUGGGGGAGAGAUAAACCACAGGGAUUCCAGAGAAACCAUUUUAUAAGCUGAUGUAUUUUAGCAACAAUUAGAAUAAGAUUAAAUAUGUUCUUAACUGUAUCUUUUCUAUGUCCUGUGAAGAUACCAGUGAAGCAUCACUUUGCUGUGGCGUAAGUAUUACUCCAUGUGUCCCAUGGUUCCCAGCUAGAGCAGGAUGUGCUGGAACAACAGAAUUUAGUGUAAAAAUUGCAAAAAAAAGCUUCUUUUUUUUUUUUUUUUUUUUUUGGGUGCAUGAGAACCUUUUAUAAGCAUGACAGAAAUAACUUGGGUUUAGAGCUGUUCUUUUUGCUUGGUUUGUGUCUGGAUUCUUCCUCUGAGUUGGGCAGUUGAUUUCUCACAGCCUCGUUCCAGGGAAUAAUUACACUUUUGUAGGACCUUGGAUGCUUUCUCUCAAAUCCCAGAUCCCGUCAGGAGGUUGUAGAAAACUCAGGGUGAGCCCACCAGGUGUAGCAGAAGCAGGAAAGUGAUUCAGACCAUCUAAAGGUCUCCCUGGCCCAGCCCCUGGGUGCUCAGCCAGCAGCUCCAGAAGGUGCCGAGCUCCAGGCAGGCUGCAGAGUCAGGAACGUGGUGUCUUUCCUUGCACUCUUUACAAAGAACUCCAAACUCUGCCUAAGGAAUGGGAUUUAAGGUGUGAUUUUUCUGGGACUGUUGGGGGUGUGCAGGCAGACCAGGGGCUCCUCUGCUGCUGUAGAUGUUUGGGCUUUGGUGGUUCUGUUCCCUCUGAGGUCAGGCUGGCAUGAUCCCAAUCCUGAGCUGCCAGCGCACUUCAGGGCACCUUGGAAAAUGGACCCUCAGCCCCACACACUCCAUUCUCCUUGGAGAUAGGGCUGGAAUCUUGUGUCUUUGCUCUUGGCCUCUCCCAGCUCCAAUCUGCUGUCCCUGCAGUGCUCCUGCGUCUUCCCGGAGCAGGGCAUGGAUGACAAAGCUCAUUUUGCAGUAGUGAUGUGCUGUUGUCUUAGAUAUUAGGGAAGAAUGGGCUGCCCAGGGCAGUGGUGGAGCCACUAUCCCUGGAAGUGUUCAGGAAAUAAGCAGAUGUGGCACUUGGUGAUGUGGUUCAGUGACCAUGGUGGGAUUCAGUCGAAGGUUGGACUUGGAAGGUGACCUUGGAAGGCUUUUCCGACCUUAAUGAUUCCAUGAUUCAGCCCAAAUUUUGCCUGCUUUCUAUUUUCUCUAUCAGUUUUGAUUUUCCUCUUUGCCAUGUCCCACCUUUGGCUUCCCUUUGUAGGCUAUUUAUGAUGAAUUUUAUUUUGGCUGGACUUCUUGGCUGGAAAGUUUAAUUCUUUUAUCCCUCUUUUUCCCCAAGACUUUCCAUAUUUUUUAUAUCUGCCUUAUUGUGUUUACUAGCAACAUUCCUAAAUGUCUGGAGGCAGAUUUAAUGAAGAUGGAAAGUUUGAGGAUUGGCUUCUUGGCUGCACCUCUGUGACCAUCCAUACCUGGAGUGGGACCACUGCCAGGUCAGCUGGGGCAGCACAUCCUUCCCUCAGCCUUGGAAAACACAGUUCACUUGGGAUCCUGGAAUACCUGUGGUCCUGGCCCGGGCUUAUGUCUCCCAUGUAGAAUUCCUGUGCUUCCAGCCUCUCCAGGUAUUCCUGUUCUAAACAACCUUUGUGUUGGUGCUUGAAUUUCAAUGGAUCCUGGGCAGUUUUAUCCCUCCCUCCUCUUUCCAUCACUCCUUUCUCCAUCAGCCAAGCAGAGGCUGCCCCCUUAUCCCAGCCACCCCCACCCUGCAGACACAAAAGCUAAACAGAAUCAUGGCUGCUUAAAAUUUUGCAUCCUGUUGUGAUUUUCCUGGAAUUUUUUCCUUGAUGUCCACCUCAGCUGCUUCUCCUGCAUGGAAGUGGAAGGACUGAGUAGUACUGGAAAAGAGCUGACACUGGGUGUGUAGUAGAGAGUUUUUAAUGAAUUUAAAAAAUUAAAAUAUUUGGAGGCUCUCUUGACUCCCAAAAGCAAGAUGAACCUUGCCAAGCAUUUGGAAAAGCUGCUCCUGGUUGUCUCGGGAAUGUUUUUGCCAACCACUCCAAAUUGCAGAGCAUUAAUGUGAGAAAAUCAGAUUAACAAUCAUUAAUUUUGAUAAGAACUUGAUUAUAUUUCAUCUUUGAGUGGUGAACAACAAGGAAAAGUGAACAACUGUAGGUUUAAGGAUGUCGUGUCCGGACCUGGAGUGUCCUGUCAUGGAUUUAAUGGGUUAAAAAUGUCUUUGUGUGUUUACGUUUCUUAAUUUUAUCUUUUUAUUUCAAAACCAUCCUGCAAAGUUUUAUAAAAUGCUGAUUAUUUCCUAAAGGAACAGUUAACCACCCAAAGCUAAUCUAUAUUUAGUAGAUAGGGAGCUGUCAUUGUGUUCUUACAAUGUGUAUUAUAGAAGAUGCCUGUGCAUGAGCAAGACAUAAUUCCCAACUCUUUAGUGUAUCCAAGGUUUACACAGGGAAAAAGAACUCCUUUCUGUACAGUAAGUAACAGCCUGCAAAAUUUAGUCCAAAACCUGUCCUUUUUUUAGUCUUAGAAAUACGAAGACCUGUUGGAAGCUUGUAGAUUUUUACUCUGUCCUGUUCGGCCCACAGCGAAUUUACACAACUGUGCUACCAAUCCCUGAAAAAUGAGAUUCCCAGUGGAAUUGCUGUCACAGCCUUAACUUUAGUGUUAGAAAAAUGGUGCUGAAAUACAUUGAAGUGAAGUGGGUGCAGGUCCCUGAGAGGAGUUUGUGAGACUUCCAAGUGAAAGCGAGCGCUUGGAGUUACUACUCCUGAUAGUAACUGGAGCCACACUGGGGAACUGGGAAGCGUGUAAAUAUUUGGGGGAUAUUUCAACCAGUGGACAAUUCGGAGCAGUUCCUCAGUUUUGGGGAUUUAAUUGGCAAGUGCUGUGGAUCUUCCUGAUUUUUAGGUCUGUGAGGUGUUGCUUGGGUGGGGGUGAAAUCCUGCUGGAAUAUUCCCAGUAAAAUCCAAAUCCACCGUUUCUUUUCCUAAAAUGCCUCCUGGCAGAGUGGUGGCUGCUCGGAUGUGCUCAGAACUCAAUGUCUGAGGAUUAUUUUUCUGUAGAAAUACUAAUUCAGGCUCUUCAUUCCUCCAUGAGUCAUUAGAGCAGAUUUCAUGUAGAAAUACUAUGGAAUUCACGUGAUUUAGGCUCUCCAGGUCAUCUUCUGGAUUUAAAAUACUCCAAAAAUGCACAAAACUAUUAGAAUUAUGUCUACUUUCUAUAUUAAUUUUUUUUUCAGGUGAUAUUUAUGCCCAUAUCUUCACAUCUGCUAUCUCAGGUCCCUUUAAUGAAUACUUCAGGGAUUUUGAUGCCACGUGUUGGCAGACCAAAUGUAAUAUUUAUAUGCAAUGAGCUGUUAGUUUUUUGUAUUGUACAAAUGUAAAUUUGUAAAGAUUUUUUUCUAGAGUUUUUUUGAAGUCACUGAUGUAAUCUAGGAUGUUUCAUUUUCCAGCUGUGGGAUUGUCUUAAUAAAAAAAAAUAAAAAGAGAAACUCUUA